UUGCUAAGCCAUCUUCAGCAAGCUUAGCUAUAUGGGGCAUUCGAAAACGUUCCAAUCAUGUACGAUCACUUCCGGAUUUCUUUGCAAAUUUGACGAUGCUUUGAUCAGCGAUCUGGAAAGUGCAUUUAGUGAAGAUGAAGCUUCACGACGUGUCCUGGCACAACAAAUUCGAAUGGCCUGUAUGAACGUUGGAUUUUUCUAUGUCAAGAACCAUGGCAUAACUCAGGACUUUCUUGACGAAGUCCUGAAAGUAAACAAGGAAUACUACUCGCUUCCAGAUGAUGAAAAGAUGAAACUCCAUCAUAAAACUGUACCGAAUUUCAAAGGCUACAGCCCUCCGAUGGAAGCAAACAUCCAACCAGGGAACAAAGGUGACUUACAUGAGGGUUUCCGCAUCGGCUGGGAAGAAAAAUCCGAGGAUCCAGUGACCCAAAGUGCUUCUUGCGAUGGAGUGAUGGCAGGCGCGAAUGUCUGGCCGGAUAAACCUGAGAAUUUUAGAGUCGCCUGCAUGGAUUAUUAUCACGCUGCACUUGCCGUUGGAAAGAAGCUGUUUUGCCUCUUUGCACUGGCGCUCGAUCUGCCCGAAACAUACUUCAAUGACAAGACCAUGUAUUCCGCCGCUACCAUGCGCACCCUCCAUUAUCCGCCUCAGCCAAAUGCCCCAGACGAGAAGAUACUGGGAAUCGGAGCUCAUACCGAUUUUGUGUGUUUCACGAUUCUCUGGCAACAAGCAGGCAUCGAGGCGCUCCAAGUUUUGAACUCUCGUGAACAAUGGAUCAAUGUACCGCCACUGCCAGGAACCCUCGUUAUCAAUCUUGGAGAUCAGUUUGCGCGUUGGACAAACGAUGUUUUCAAGUCUACUGUGCAUCGAGCCUCCAACAAGAAUAUUGUCGAUCGGUACUCUAUUGCGUUAUUCUUUGGCACUGACUACGAGGUUAACAUCGAGCCAAUCUACACCUGCGUGUCAGCUGAAAACCCAGCAAAAUAUCCGGCUAUCACCGCCGGAGAGUAUGUGAGGCAACGAUUGAAAGCCAUGUAUAAUAAAUCGUAGUUGCUAUGUAGGAGCAAUAUUACGGGUGAACUUCGGUGGAUCAUACAUAUGUGCUAGUACCAAUAUUGAAUUUUGAGUAUUCGAGUUAUCUUAU